AUGGCGAUAGGUUACACCUUUGACGAGACACACCAAAAGCUGACAGACUUUUUCGAACGCCCACAGGGAGCAAACGAAUGGUCACGGACGCACAACUCUACCUUCUCUCUCGACAAAUUUGGACUCCUCAAUGCAUCACGCACCCUCAAGAAUUCGCUUGGCCCUGCACUCCAACUAGGCAGCACCCUCAUAAAGCCCUCAGACCACCAUCGAUUCCUAGGAUUCCUAAUGGACUAUCGGCUCCGAUACCACCAACACGUCGCAUAUGCGCUAGGCAAAGGGAUGGCCUGGGUUGCCACCCUACGACGUCUAGCCCGAUCACAGUAUGGCCUUACACCGGGGCUUGUUCGUCGCCUCUAUCUUGCAGUCGCAGUCCCUAGCAUGCUCUACGCCGUCGACACCUUCAUCACUCCAGUGCAGACACAUCCAGGGCAGACACGUCGCAGUGGCUCAGUCGGCGCAGUCCGGAAACUCGCCCGGGUCCAACGGGAGGCCCUGCUCCUCAUCACAGGAGCCAUGAGAACUACCGCAACCGAUGUGAUGGCUGCCCACGCUGACUUACUCCCCUUCAACAGCUUGAUAGACAAGCUCUGCCAGAGGGCUACCAUCCGAAUGUGCACCCUCCCGAGCACACACCCCCUGUCGCCACACGUCAAGCGCGCUGCUACUCGCUAUGUCCGGAAACAUCGCUUGCAACUACAUGAGCUCCUCCAUCUCUACACAACCCCCGACACCCCACAGCGCAUGGAAAAAGUCCUAGCUGUUCGACAUCACCCUGCAUGGACUCCGGCACACUGGGUCGACAUCGCGAGCUCAAAGGACGAGGCACUGGACAAGGACGAGGAGUGGGCACAACGACACAAGAUACUGGUCUACUCGGAUGGCUCGCAGAGGCGGAGUAAGGUCGGCGCAUCAGCGGUACUCCUGAGGGCCGGGUCGUCCCGACCCAAGACCCUCUAUUACCACCUCGGCACGGACAGGCAACAUGGGAUCUAUGAAGCAGAGAUUGUCGGCUCCAUCCUGGGCACGCAGCUGCUA